ACUAUCUGUAGAAGAGCUUUCUUGUCCCGUGUGCUGUGAAAUCUUCAAGACUCCUGUUCUUCUGUCAUGUAAUCACAAUGUCUGUAAAGAGUGCCUUCAACAGUUCUGGAGAGCCAUGAAAACUCAGGAGUGUCCCGUCUGCAGAAGAAGGAACUCAAAACGUCGGCCUCCAUUUAAUGUUGCAUUGAACAACCUGUCUGAGUUGUUCCUGAAGCAGAGAAAGUAGAGGCGUUUAUCGGGAUCUGAGGAGAUGUGCAAUUUACACAGUGAGAAACUCAAACUCUUCUGUCUGGAGGACGAACAGCCGGUGUGUUUGGUGUGCAGAGAUUCACAGAAACACGUCAAUCACACAUUCAGACCCAUCAGAGAAGUGGUUACAUCAUAUAAGGAGGAGCUCAAUACAGCACUGAAAUCAUUACAGGAGAAACUUCAACGCAAUAAAAACACCAAAAGAGAGUUUGUGGUAACAGUUCAACACAUCGAGUCUCAAGCUGAGCACACAGAGUGUCAGAUUAAACAGCAGUUUGAGAAGCCUCAUCAGUUUCUCAGAGAUGAAGAAGAAGCUACAAUCACUGCACUGAGAGAGGAAGAGGAGCAGAAGAAGCAGAUGAUGAAGGAGAAGCUGGAGGAGAUGAAUAGACACAUCUCAGCUCUUUCACACACAAUCAAAGACACGGAGGAGAUGAUGAAAGCCAGUGGUGUCUGCUUUCUGAAGGUCUGAUUUCAGAUGAUUGAUUGAUUGAGUUGUUGAUGAUCAAUGGUGUGUUUGUUCUGCAGGAGUUUCCAGUCUCAAUGGAAAGGUGAGUGAUCUGCUGGUGUCUCUGGUCUCUCUGCUUCUGAUCCAAAGCCACUGCGGUUCUGAUCCUGAAUGUUCUUCCAGAGUCCAGAUCUCAUCACAGCCGGAUCCACAGACGCCUUCUGGAGCUUUGAUUCAUGUGCCACGUUACUUGGGCAACCUGCCCUUCAGAGUCUGGAAGAAGAUGCAGGACAUCGUCCAAAACACUCCUGUAAUUCUGGAUCCAAACACUGCGAAUCCAUGUCUCGCCGUGUCUAAUGAUCUGACCAGUGUGAAAUGGCGCAGCUAUCGACAUCUUCCUAAAAAUCCUCAGAGAUUUGACUGGGAGUUAUGUGUUCUGGGUUCAGAGGGUUUUAACUCAGGAACACACUGCUGGGAUGUGGAGGUUAAAGAGAGUAAAUACUGGAGAGUCGGAGUAACUACAGCAUCAAACCAGAGGAAGGGAUGGGAUUGUUUUAGCACUGAUGUCUGGAGUGUGCAGUAUGAUGAUGAAGCCGAACUGUCUCAAGCCUUUGGUUAUGUGAAACGCAGGCUUGAUCGUGUGAGAGUGAAGCUGGACUGUGAUGAAGGAACGGUGUCAUUCUAUGAUCCUGCAACUAACACACAUAUAUACACAUUCACAACCACCUUCACUGAAACACUCUUUCCACUCAUCUGUGGUGAUUAUUUUUUCUUGCUCUCUGAGGAUCUUAGCGAUCAAUAAUCAGUAAUCGUUACUUCUGGAGCUCUGGAUCUUCCUGCUUUCAUCUUUCAUCAUAUUUCAGUAUUUAAUCCAGAUCACAUGAGUAAGAGACUGCUGAUCUGAAUAUCAGGCUGUGAUGAUCACAUGACUGAUAUCCAGCAUUAGAGCUACACUCACACUUUCAUAUUUCUUUAAGGCGAGACACUGCAGGUGAAUAGGGUUAAAAAAAAUAACUUAUAGUUAUCGCCUUGCUUACCGAGCUGAUUGAUUACAUUGAUAAUUGCAAACAUUUUUUGUAUUACAAGUUUUCUAAAAUGUUAUGUUUAGAUAUGCAGAUGAGUCGUUAUUUAAUGAAAUAUGCGCUAAUUUGCAUACAUUUCUAGAACAAACAUCUAAACACUGGAUGAUGUUAGUUUCAUUCAAAUUCUUGUUUAAUUUUUUUUAACAUAUUAGAGUCAAAAGUUUUUACAGAGGGAAUUUUGUAUAUCUCAUUUUUGUCACAAUUCAGAAAAUGCUUAGAAUGGAUAGAAAACACUAUUUUCACAAUUUUGGGGGGAUUCAAAUGUUGUAUAUAAUCAAGCAAAUUACAUAUGAACAAAUCCCUCUGUAAAAACCUUCAGGAUAUAGACAGGAAUAAAACUGUAAAGUUUGGUGUGUGUAAGUGCUACCGAAGUGGAGAUUUAUGGCUCAGUGUAGGAGAAAAAACUCAUUUUGAGAAAACGGCCUUUAAAAAUAUGUAUUGUAACUGAAAUCUAUUGACACAAAUAGAUAAAGUGCUAUAAAAGAAAGACUUAACAGUGUCUUUUGGAUGUUUUCUUUCCACUAGUCUGAAAAAAACACUUUAUGAAAAACCAAAAAGCCCAAAAUCUCAAACUUGACAGGUGCAUAAAAAAACUGUUUUUGCCUGCAGUGUCUCCCCUUAAUACAACUGGUCAAUAAACAAGAAAUUUGCAUUUAUUUCAUUUAAGUUUUCAUUUAUCUAAUUUACACAAUUAGACCAAUUAGAGAUUUAUUUUAACAUUUCUGACCAAAUUUUUAAGUUUUUUUAGGUUAGUUACCAUUUCUGUGAAGUAUGUCUCUAAUUUUCACAAAUUAAUCAAGUACAUAAUUAUAAAAUAUCUUUAUAGUCACUGGUGUGACAAGAUUUCGCAAGAUUAAAAUGUGACAUUAGGCUUGUUUGAGAUGCAUCGGCGCUGUGCAGACCGAUCGGCGUAUGACACCAAAGCACCGCGAAAUGUCGCAAUUCUCAAUACCACAGCCGAGUACUAGCAACUAGUAUUAAUAAAAAAAAAUAAAAAUACAAUUCUCACAAUUAUUGCAAAUAAAACUGUCAGUAAUAAAAAUGCAAAGGACAAAUACAAUAGAAUAAAAUAAAUAAAUAAAACAAUACAAAUGAAACAAACUAUGCUUUAAGUAUUCAGUUAACAGCCUACUACAGAAAUGAAUAAUCAAAUGUAAAAUAAAACAGCAUAGUCUUCACAUUAAAGCUACAAAAGUCCUUCAGUCAAGAGCAGUGAGUGAUUUUGUCUUUGUCUUUUGUUGUUUGAUUAAUAUUAAGCACACAGUCGCAGCAGGAAAAUAGCCCGCUGUCACUUUAAGAGCCGCAUGGAUCCAAUUUACCGUUACACAUGUAUUUGCAUUCUCAACUCUUUAUGUUCAUUUAUUACAUGACCAAUGGGCGUUUAUGUUAAUAAUCACUAUGUGCCGCAUUUUGACACAUUUUUGCGUGUAUUUGACCGUUUAGGCGUGCAUCUUGAGCUAAAAGAUGACUUCACAUACCAACAAACACAGAACGUUCCCCUAACGUUCCCAUUUGGUUCCCAGUUGGUUAUAUUUUUGGGAACCAAAUAACGUUCUAGGAACGUUCCCUGUAGGUUAUUUUUAGUUGUCAUAACCAUGUAAACUAAUUAAAACUUUGCAGAUGUUUCUGAUUAUUCUAAUACUGA